GAUGGGCAGUUUAAAAAGACUUUCCAACUGUGUAAAUGUGAUUUGGAAAAUAGGGAAAAAAAAGAAUUUGAAACCACAUGAUACUGGUGGUAAAAUCUCCUACAGUGACUGGAACUGCACUUCAGUAAUAUGGAACAAGAUGUUUUUCUUCAGGCAAAGCUUUGACUGCUGUAUUAAUGGGACAUUUUUUUUUUUCUUCUUUCCCUUGCUUCCCUUCUGCUAGCAUCUUGCCUUUAUCCUCAGAAUCAAAAAACAUCAAGAUAAAGGCACAAAAAUGACAGAGUUUUGGCUGAUUUCCGCUCCUGGGGAAAAAACCUGUCAACAGACAUGGGAGAAGCUACAUGCAGCAACUACAAAACAUAACAAUCUUUCUAUUAAUUCAAAGUUCAACAUUCCAGACUUGAAGGUUGGCACACUGGAUGUUUUGGUUGGUUUGUCAGAUGAGCUGGCUAAACUGGAUGCGUUUGUGGAGAGUGUUGUAAAGAAGGUGGCCCAAUAUAUGGCUGAUGUUCUAGAAGACAGUAAAGAUAAAGUUCAGGAGAAUCUUCUGGCUAAUGGAGGUAAAUUCUUUAAAAUUUUAGUUGACUUGGUCACCUAUAUAACAAGGUUCCAAUGGGAUAUGGCCAAAUACCCAAUCAAGCAAUCCUUGAAGAAUAUUUCAGAAAUUAUUGCAAAGGGAGUAAACCAGAUUGACAAUGAUCUAAAAGCAAGAGCCUCGGCAUACAAUAAUCUGAAAGGGAAUCUUCAGAAUUUGGAAAGAAAGAAUGCGGGAAGCUUGCUAACCAGAAGUCUUGCUGAUAUUGUAAAGAAAGAGGACUUUGUACUUGAUUCAGAAUAUUUGGUCACAUUAUUAGUGAUUGUGCCGAAGUUAAAUUACAAUGACUGGGUUAAGCAGUAUGAAACACUAGCAGAGAUGGUUGUACCACGUUCCAGCAAUGUACUAUUUGAGGACCAAGACAGCUACCUUUGUAAUGUCACCUUGUUCAGGAAGGCAGUGGAUGACUUCAAGCACAAAGCCAGAGAGUACAAAUUUAUGGUCCGUGACUUCCAGUACAAUGAGGAAGAGAUGAAAGCCGAUAAAGAAGAAAUGAAUAGACUGUCAACUGACAAGAAGAAACAGUUUGGGCCUCUGGUUCGGUGGCUGAAAGUUAAUUUCAGUGAAGCUUUCAUUGCAUGGAUUCAUGUGAAAGCGUUACGUGUUUUUGUUGAAUCUGUUUUAAGGUAUGGUUUGCCAGUUAACUUCCAGGCAAUGCUGCUUCAGCCUAAUAAAAAAACAAUGAAGAAACUGAGGGAAGUUCUGUAUGACUUAUACAAACAUCUUGACAGCAGUGCUGCAGCUAUCAUUGAUGCAACUAUGGAUAUUCCAGGUUUAAACCUCAGCCAACAGGAGUACUACCCAUAUGUGUACUACAAGAUCGAUUGUAAUUUGCUGGAAUUCAAGUAAAAGUUCCCUAACAUGACAAUCUUCUCAGUAUUGGUGUAAACAAACAGAAGUGAGGUUGAAGUAUAAUAAUACUUUUAACAUUCUACUAAUCAUAUGCUUGCUUCUUAUGUUAGGUGAAUUGAACACACUGUGGUCCAUCUCUAGACAUUUUCUUUUUAAAGAACAGUGUAGGUAACCAGCUUUUAAUCGACUAUGUCUGUAAAUGUAUAUUGAGAGAAUUGAAGUAUUUAUAAACAGAGUGAUUUAUUUAAGGAAAAGCUUAUCCCUCUUUCAUAUGGUGGUCUGUGUUAAUUCCAUUUACUGUUGUUUAUAAAAAAAACUUGUUUACAGAAGACUAGUGUAAAUGUUCAUGGCCAUUUUGUUCAUUUGAUUUAGUAGAUAUAACUGUGUUAACGUUGUUGAACUGUGAUGUAAAGUAUGUAAAAUUGGUAUGAAAUCGUGCUUUCUGAAUGGUUUAAAAUUACAAUUGAUGCACUGUAAACACAGGGAAAAUAAACAUACCUGUGCAAAUGUGUCACUUUCUUGUACCACGUAAAAUUGCAGAUACUUGUGUCUAAACUGAAGCAAUGUGUUAAGUCUUUAAUAGUGCUGCAUCCUGUAUGCACUAGUACAGAAAUGCAAUUCGCUUCAGCACAAGUACUUUUAAGGGAUGCACGAAUUAAUUUUGCUUUGUGCAGAAAGGCUGGAGUAUAUUCACACACAAAUGUGUGAAUUUUUUUCAUGUUUUUAUCUUGGUGACUCUAAAGAAAAGGUGUGUUGGGAAGCUGAUGGCAAGCUGGGAUAAUAACAAGCUGGGCUGAGCUGGGAUUUUCAUAAUUCUUUGUUCUUUUCAGUCAGUUGAAGCUUGAGACUAUUUUAUGGCUUUGAAUGCUGUGCUAUUAGUUUUUUGUUUGGUUUUUUUUUUUUUUUUGCAACAUCUGUUCUACCACACAGGGAAUAUGAGGGCUUCCUUUUAAUGUAGAUAGAGAGGAGUUGUUUAUUUCAGUAGCAGCUAUUACAAGUAUUCUACCUGUCUGAAUAGUUAAAUAUGCAGUAAAAGCUGCAGUACUGUUUAAAACUGACUUGAAUCAAGUGAUUCACUGUAUUCUUUUCUCAUUUAGUCCCUAACUGAAAAUAUCAGUAUUGUGACUCCAAGCAGUAUAGAGUUUUGGGAUCAGCUGUGGGAUAUAUAAUCAUAACCCAGCAGUACCUUUGAGGAAUUGGCUCACUUUGUAAGCCUAUAUUGAUAUCUCUAAUUAUUAAAAGGUAAGUCUGGCUUUGAGUGCAAGAGUUGCAUUGAGCUACUGAUUUUGAUGGGGUUUGAU